AUGCAUCGCGAAAGCGCGGACAAGGUUGACGCGAUGAUGCGAGUCAGCAGCAUGCCCAAGAUGGACGUGAACUAUAUGGGCGAACCGGACGUGGCCAUGAUGUCGACGGGGCCGGCCCGCAAAGGAAUGUUCCAAACCAAGUCUCCUCUCUUCCGGGAAUGCAUGGCCGAGUUCCUCGGCAUGUUCGUCUUCAUGCUGUUCGGCACCGGCGUCGUCGCCCAAGUCGUGCUGAGCGAAGGCACGAAAGGCGAGUUCAUCAGCAUCAACUUCUGCUGGGGUCUCGGCAUCCUGUUCGGUAUCCACGUCUGCGGUGGUGUAUCGGGCGCGCACUUGAACCCGGCGGUGACUAUGACGCUGGCCCUGUUCGGCCGCUUCGAGUGGAAGAAGGUCCCGUGCUACGUGAUAGCUCAAAUGCUGGCGGCGUUCCUGGCCGCGGCCAUUGUCGGCAUGGUGUACGACCCGCUGAUCAAAGUCUCCGACCCGCACAUGAAGACGACCCAGGGAAUCUUCGCCACGUAUCCGUACAGCAAUGACGUCCCCAUUGGCACCUGCUUCAUGACGGAGGUGGUGGGCACGGCGCUGCUGGUCGGCUGCCUCUUCGCCAUCGGCGACGAAAUGAACAAGCCGGCCAGCCCGUAUAGCCAACCCGGAGCUGUCGCGCUACUGGUGGUGGCCAUUGGCAUGGCCUUUGGAAUGAACACCGGCUACGCCAUCAACCCGGCGCGCGACCUCGGUCCUCGCUUCUUUACUCUGUGUGCUGGUUGGGGGCCCAAGGUGUUCACGCUAAGCGAGUCGUACUGGUGGGUGCCGAUCGUCGGACCGAUGCUUGGCGGCCCGAUCGGCGCCGGCCUGUACGUGGCCCUGGUGGAGCAGCACCACCCCGUCGAGUUCGAUCACACGCACUCCUAA